AUGGGAAGCUCAAACUAUUCGACUUCGCAAGCCCAAGUAACCACCUUACUAUUUCGAUAUGAUCUCCUAUCCUACAUCGAUGGCACAUAUGUUGUUCCUCCAGUGUAUAUUGCAGAUGACAAAGGCAAUCAACUUCCUAAUCCAAACUACAAGUUGUGGCUAAGGCAAGACAUCAUUAUUUGCAGUGCAAUCAUGGCCUCUGUCGAUCCAUCCAUUGCGUCGCUAAUUGCUCAAGCAGCUACUGCGAAAAAUGCAUGGGACAGUUUGCAAACUAUCUAUGCGAACAAAUAUCAAGCAAGAAUAUUUGGUCUUCGUGAGUUACUCUCAAACAUCAGGCAAGACUCCAAGUCCGUCAGCGACUACAUGAAAGAAAUUAAAUCCAUUGCGGAUGAUUUGGCUGCCUCUAACUCACCUCUAACAAAUGAGGAACUAGUCAUCAAAGUUUUGAGCGGACUUGGAGCAGAAUACAAAGAGACUACGCGACUAUACGCGCUAGUGAUAAUCUGA